CCUCAUUUUUCCUCUUCUUCUUCUCUUAUUUUUUUUUUAUUAUCUCUUCUUUUCUUCUCAGCUCUUUUCGAAAAUGUCACAGCAAAUCGAAAUGAGUUCGACGGGCGGCAAGUCAACCGCUCGUGCGAAUAUGAAGCGCCCGGCGCUGCCGAUGCGCGCCAAAGAGCGGCUGAGCCCGCUGUUCUGGUUCCCGUACAACGUCAACGAUGUGACCACGCGCGUGAUUGGCCUGCUUGUGGCUGGGCUCUCCAUCAUGAUCUGGGCGGCCGUCAUCUACAACCCUGACAACAUGUGGCCGCGCUGGAUUGCGUGCGGCAUUCUCGGCGACUUUUGCCUCCGAUUCAUUGGUGGCGCUCGCAUCUCGCCGAUCGGCGCCGUUGCCGAGUGGAUUGCGCUCUGGUUUCCGCCCAAGCCCAUCCCUGCUGCGCCCAAGCAGUUUGCCGUGUUCUGCGGCAUCAUGUUCUCGGCUGGUGGCGUGAUUGCCUUCUUUGCUCCUGAUCCAAGCCCGACCGCCGGCGCGAUUCUGUUUGGUCUGCUGACGGGUGCUGCCGCGCUCGAGGGCCUGUUUGGCGUUUGUUUGGGGUGCAUCAUGUUUAGCUGGCUCAUCCAGUUUGGCAUCAUGCCCAAGCGGAUUAACGCCAACAGCGAGCAGGUCUGGGACGAGCAAAACCGAUUCGCCAUUGAGGCCGAUCGCCGCUUGAAAGAGGGCAACCCCGUCGAGAAGGUCAUCUACGACCCGCAGGGCGAGGACUCGGACCGCACCGUGCCGUACGUCUACAAGCAAAAGACCGACGAGAUGAAGUGGGAGGACUUCCAUGCCAUCUGCCACAUGCACAUUCACUACUUUUCCAUCCCCAUGAGCUUGGCUGGCCUGGCUGCAGUUUGGCAGCUCGUGGACGGACUCAUGCUGGCAAGCAACACUCCGGUUGGCGUGAUUGUCAUUGACGAAGGCGUCAUCAACGGCAAUUACACCGACUCCACUCUCUGGCGCGGAAUUGGUGUCUUUUCUGGCGUCAUUGGCGGCAUUUUCGCAAUCCUGUACCUGCUCAAGCUGAUGAUGUUCCCCCGCAAGAUUGUCAAGGAAUGGAAGCACCCCAUCAAGUCCAACUUCUUUUCCACCGCGACCAUCACCCUCCUCUUGUAUGCCUUCAUCGUGGCUCGAUUCAGCUUGGAUUUUGCCAAGGUUUUGUUUUGGAUUGGCGCCCCGCUGCAGCUCUUCCAGGCGGUGGUCAUCACGGCCCGUUGGAUUACUCGCUCGCAGUCAAAGUACACUGUCAACCCUUCAUGGAUGAUGCCUGCCGUCGGCAAUCUUGUGGCUGCGUUUGUCGGUCCGGCCCUUUCUGCCGACUACCGCGAGGCUGGCUGGCUGUGGUUUAGCUUUGCCUUCCUCAUGUAUAUCGCCCUGUUCACCUUGACGCUGCAGCGUGCCAUGUUUGGCCAGCCGAUCGAAGACAGGAUGCGUCCUCUGACGUUCAUCUGGGUCGCCGCGCCCGCGGUUGCCUUUGUUGCCUACCUGCAGCUCAGCGGCACCUUUGACAUGUUUGCCCGAUUCCUCUUCUUUGACAUGCUGGUCACCUUCUUUGUGCUGACGUGGUGCUUCUUCAGCUCGUACUAUGGUCGCAACCUGUUUGAGGUUGGCUACUGGGCGUACGUCUUUCCUCUCGACACGGUUGCUUUGGCCACUGUUGUCUACUGGGCUCAGUUCCACACCAAUCUGACUCUGGCCAUGGCUACCAUCGCCCUCAUCUUGGUCAACACGGCUGCCGUUGUCGUCUUGGCAAACACGUUUGCAUCCCUGCUGCGCCGCCGCCUGUUUGUUCCCGAGGACAAGUGGGGACCGCUGUCGUUCACCAAGAUUCUGCACUUUGCCAUUCGCGAGGCAGUUGUCGACAUUCUCAAGCAUGCCGAGGUCAUCCACAACGAAGGCUCGCAGAAGCCCGCCGCCGACGAAGACAUCCACGCCUUCCGCUACCGCUUUGAGCGCAUCCAGCGCAUCUACGAGAUCCACUCGACACACGAGGACCAGGUGCUCUUCCCCAUGCUCCGCCAAUGGUUCCCUACCAUCACCUUCUCGCAGGGCGAGGAACACGCGAACGAGUCGCUGCACUUUACGAACAUUGCUCAGGUUAUCGGCACUGGCGAUGCUGGACGCAAGGCCUUUGACGAGUUGGAUGCCGCCGGCAAGCUCGAGCGCUGCCGAGCUGCCGCUGCCAUGAUGAAAGAGCUUGCUGUUGAGACCCUCAACCACAUGGACAACGAGGAGAUCAACCUCUCGCCCAUCAUCCGCAAGCACGUGUCGACCAAGAUGCAAAAGCAGAUGAUGAGCACCAUGUUUGCACUCAACACCCCUGUCGAGCUCAAGUUCAUGUUUGGCUUUGCCCUGGAGUUUGCGCCCUUCCACGGCCAGCGAGCUCGCUUUGUGCACUGCCUGCGCUGGGCCUUCCCCGAGCGCAUGCAGCUGUACGGCCAAUGGAUGUACGAGGCGACCUCUCCUCUGACCUGGAGCCGCCUCAUGACUGAAGUUCCCGACAUGGCUCCUCGCCACACCGACAACUGGCUUCCUUACUACUAGUCCUGCUUGGCUUUUGUUCCAGGGUGUUUUGUUUUGUUUGUUGUACUCGCAGUAUGGCGUGUGUCUGAAUUCCAAAACCAAGACAAUUUUGCAACUCCAGUUGUACGUCGGUUUUGGAAACGUAGUCGUUCUUGGAAUACAGCUGCAAGCCCAGAUUGAAAGCGAGAUGAUGAUGACGAAAAGUCA